AUGCUAACGAGGCUCAAAGCGGGACUCGACUACUUUGCUGGGAUUCUUGUGCUGCUGAACUCCUUGGUCCUGCUGAUACAGUUUGAGAUGGAGGGAAGGAUUGUGGGCUUGAGUGUGGGGCUGUCUGAUGGACCGGCCUGGGAGGAGGUGAUUCCCGCGCUGCAGAUCGUGGACAUUGUUUUUGUAUUUAUCUUCCUGGUGGAGUGGCUCAUCCGGAUCGCCGUAGAGAGGUGGGCGUUCUUGAAGGAUUACGCAAACCUCUUCGACACCAUGCUCGUCAUGAGCGGCCUUGUAGACAUGUACAUCAACUUGGCGUUCGUUGGGGACACAACAGCCUCAAAGAGCAUUGUCAUCCUCCGACUCAUGCGCGCCAUGAAGUCCUUUCGAGCCAUUAGAAUGGUGCGAAGCCUGCGCUUUUUCCGAGGUCUCCGGGUGCUUGUCAAGGCGUGCCAAUGCUUCUUGCCCUCCCUUUGCUGGUCGAUGGUCUUAUUGAUGAUCUUUAUGGCGAUGGGCGCGCUUAUGCUGGGAAACCUAUUGCAGAGCUUCGUGGACGAUGACGAGCAAAAUAUUGACGAUCGCCAGUGGAUCUGGACUCACUACGGCACGGCUUACCGUGCCCUGUACACACUUUUCGAAAUAACGUUUGCCGGUAACUGGCCGACCAACACUCGACCAGUGCUCGAGAAGGUCAGCCACGGCUUUGCCAUCUUCUUCAUCUGCUAUAUAACUUUAGUGGUCUUCGCGAUCAUCCGUGUCAUAAGUGCCGUGUUCCUGAAGGACACCUUGGAUGCUGCCCAGAAUGAUGCCGAAGCACUUGUGGUAGAUAAGAUACACAAGAAAGCAGAGUUUGUGGUCAAGCUCGAGGGUAUCUUCAACGCGAUCGAUGACACGGGAAGUGGAAUCAUCUCGGAGGAGCGGCUCACCACCAUCCUUGCCAAUCCGAAGGUGGCGGCUUACUUUCAGACAAUGGACAUUGAUAUCCACGAGGGCAAGGCUCUUUUCCAUGUGCUGAACCACGGUGAAGAUGGAGUGUCGCUGGACGAGUUUAUUGACGGAAUCUUGAAGUGCAAGGGACCUGCGCGUGCCAUCGACCAAGUCGCCAUGCACGCGGAGUUAAAGCAAUUGGACUACAAGUUGACGAGGCAUUGGGAGUUUUAG